UCCUCCGCGCCGCGCCGGGCUCAGACGAAGGCAGCCGCGUCUGCGAUGUCAGCAGCCGCAGCGGCGGCGGCGGCGGAGGCGACGCGAGCGCCAGCGGCCGGGGCUCCGCGGUAGCCGCCGAGUCGGCGGCCACCUCGCCGCGUCCUCCGGGAAAAGCGCCGCGACCCUCCUCGGACUCCCGGGCCAGCUGGGCGCACAAAGGAGCUCGGACACCCUCGCCACCAGCCUCCCCAGCCCCCCAUCUCCAUCCCUGCCACCUCUCCGGCUCGCUCCGGGACGCGGGGCGCAGAGCGCGCGGCGCGCGGGGGACCCAUCCGGAGGGGCGCCCCCCACGCCACGCCACGCCACGCCGGCCCGUUCCGAGGAGCAGCGGGUGAGCGCACGGCCCGGCCGGCCCGCCCGAUCGCUGCGCCAGGGACAGGAACAGGGACGGGAGCGCGCCAGCUAGCCAGCCAGCCAGCCAGGGGUCUCCGCGACUUGCGCACCGCGCUCCGCUCCGGGGGACUCCGGGGCCAGGAGGCGAGGGGAGCCCCCAGCGCCCGUGGGAGGCGAGUCUAAGAUGGCCACGCUGCUCCGCAAGAUCGGGCUGAUCCGCCUGCACAACCGGGACACCGAGGACCCCAAGCAUCACCAUAACCACCGCGGCGGCGGCGGCGGGCAGCAGAGCGCAUCGCUGCGUGGCAAGGGCGGCGGCAAGAACGGGGCGCACCGACCCGGUGGGCAGCAGCAGCAGCAGCCCCUCGGGGGCGCGGGCGACGGCAGCCCCGGGCCCGGCAAGGGCAAGGGCAAGCGCGUGGCGGAGCUGGCCCCGCGCGACAAGCCCCCGCAGCCGGCGGCGGCGGGCGCGGCGGGGGCGGCGGGCGCCGGGGGCCCCCGGGAACGGGUGGCAGCGGCGGCGGCGGCGACGGGCGCCAGGGCGGGGCCGGGAUCGGGCCCGGCGGGGGCGGCGGCGGCGGGCGGCAGCCUGGUCCCCGCGGCGCGCCAGCAGCAUUGCACGCAGGUGCGCAGCCGGCGCCUCAUGAAGGAGCUGCAGGACAUCGCGCGGCUCAGCGACCGCUUCAUCUCGGUGGAGCUGGUGGACGACAGCCUAUUCGACUGGAACGUGAAGCUGCAUCAGGUGGACAAGGACUCGGUGCUGUGGCAGGACAUGAAGGAGACCAACACCGACUUCAUCCUGCUCAACCUCACCUUCCCCGACAACUUCCCCUUCUCGCCGCCCUUCAUGCGGGUGCUCAGCCCGCGCCUGGAGAACGGCUACGUGCUGGACGGCGGCGCCAUCUGCAUGGAGCUGCUCACGCCGCGCGGCUGGUCCAGUGCCUACACGGUGGAGGCCGUCAUGCGCCAGUUCGCCGCCAGCCUGGUCAAGGGCCAGGGCCGCAUCUGCAGAAAAGCCGGCAAGUCCAAAAAAUCCUUCAGCCGCAAGGAAGCAGAGGCGACCUUCAAGAGCCUGGUGAAGACGCACGAGAAGUAUGGCUGGGUCACCCCACCUGUGUCCGAUGGCUGAGCCACGCCUCGCGCCGCCUCUCCGAGCCGCGUCCCCCCACACACAGUCACACUCACCCCUCUCACGCCCUCAUCUCCUCCUCCACCAUCGUGCGCCCUUCUGCAGGAACUGAGCCCCGAACGCCGAGGAGACGUC